AUUUGAAUCUUAGCGCCGAAUGCGCUCCCGUUGCGUAAUAACUCGGUUGACCCUUUCCUGAGUUCUGGCGCUUGCAUCGCUCACGUUGGGUGACGCAAUGAUAUACAUUCAUUCCAAAGGAGGAAGGCGUCCGUGUCAGAAGGAUAAUAAACGAUCUUAAAAAUACAAACUGUGUUGUUAUCUGUGUUGUUACCUGUCUUUCGCAAAAUAAAGUCAAAAGGUUAUGGGCCCAGCACGCUUCCACUGCGCCUGAAGCUUGAGUGAAGAAAGACGAGCAAGGAGCCCUAAGAGAUAAUAGGAAAACGAAUUGCGCUGCGGGACGCAACAGGAGGACAAUAGGCGAGAUCUGAAAACUCUCACAACAGAAAUUUGAUUUAUUGAUUUUUCGAUCGAUCGAACUGAUUGGCCAAAAUGUCGGUUUUAAAAGAAAUAGUAGACAAAUGCAAACAGGCAUUCUUCAUUGACGAGGAAGACAUUCAGGCAACGAUAGAACUUGACGAGCACUGUUUCACAGUGCAGUUUGCGGCCGGAGAGCGUGUGGUACUGAGUAAAGAAAAGUUGAAAGGUAAAUGGAAAGAUUUGAAAAAGGAAAUAGCGAAUCUCGAACGAAGCCAGGGUUCAGGCGACGGUUCAGGCGAUAACAGUACGGAUGACAUGGUUGAGUCUAAGGAGAAGGAGCAGAUAGAGACAAAAGAGAUCCGAGAGAAUAAUAGUAAUGACGGUAUAACGAACGACGACUCGGAUCAGACCGUGGCAAAGACAGUCGAAAACACGGUGCAAGCUUCUCUCUCCGAAGUUACUAAACCUGUGCGGAAAUUGGAAACAGGUAAAGAACGACUGUAUAAGAUCUGUAACGACUGUAAAGGAUCUGCUAACGACUGUAUAAGAUCCGUAACGACUGUAAAAGAUCUGUUAACGACUGUACAAGAUCUGUAACGACUGUAAAAGAUGUGUUAACGACUGUAUAAAAUCCG